UGGCUGAUUAUUCUUAGGUCCGAUUUUCAUGCGAAAAUCAUUCGGAAUUCGAACUAUGUAUGGCCUGCAUAAACUGGAAGUACAGGGGCGGACUGACAACUCAUGGGGCUCCCGGGCAACAGGGGAUCACGGGGCCCCUGUGUCCUCGCCCGCACUCAAACCACAGCCAAAAAAGCCUAUGAAAGGUACCAGGGGCAUCUCAUGGGGCCCCCUACUAACCCCGGGCCCUCGGGCAGUGCCCGAGUUUCCAAAU